AUGAAAUUUGCAUCUGCCAUCGUUCUCAUCUUUGGACUCGGUACUGUAUCGGCCAACCCGCUCGUCGAAAAGCGUGCGUCGACCAGCGAGAAGGCUAACCUUGGUUAUGCCACUCUUAGUGGCGGUACCACAGGUGGAGGCUCUGCAUCUCCCGUCACGGUCACUAGUCUUUCUGCCCUUAAAUCUGCAGUCUCCGGCAAUAGUGCCAAGGUUGUGAUCAUCUCUGGGUCAAUCAGCGGUAACGAAGUGGUCAAGGUUGGAUCGAAUACAUCCGUUCUUGGUAAAUCCGGUGCUACUCUGAAUGGUGUCGGAUUGCGUGUGCUGGAUGCAUCGAAUGUGAUUAUCCGCAAUCUAAAGAUCAACAAAGUUUUAGCUUCUGGAGACGCCAUCGGCAUCCAGGCUGCUAACCGUGUCUGGGUCGACCACGUCGAGCUCUGGUCUGACAAAGAUCAUGGCAAGGACUACUACGAUGGGUUGCUAGAUCUCACCCAUGGUGUCUAUGCUGCAACAAUAACUCACUCAUACCUCCAUGAUCACUACAAGACUUCUCUGGUCGGACACUCGGACAGCAACGAGAGUGAAGACAAGUCAAUUCAAGUUACUUUCGCGUAUAACAAGUGGGAAAAUUUGAAUUCGCGUACUCCAUCUUUCCGCUUUGGUCACGGUCACGUUUUCAAUAAUUAUUACGUGAACAAUAACGAUGGGAUCAACACACGCGUUGGGGCUGAGCUGCUCGUUCAAAACAACGUAUUCGAGAAUGUGAAGAAGCCGCUGUACAGCACUGACAAUGGUUAUGCCAACGCCAGUGGUAACGACUUCGGCGGCGCUGGCAAUACUGCUCUCUCCACCUCAUGGAGCUCUGUUGGUUAUUCCUACACUCUUACUGCUACUGGCUCCGUCAAAUCCUACGUAAACUCCAACGCCGGUGCCAAACUUUCUUUCUAA